AUGACCGAGCAGCUUAGUAAGGAACUCCGGGUCAGCCCGUGCAGUCUGACCUUCACGGAAGACGAUGCACACGGAAUCCAGCAUCCACACGACGAUGCCCUAGUGGUUACUAUAACCAUAGCCAACUACAAGGUAUAUCACAUCCUGGUCGAUAUUGGAAGCUCAGCUGAUGUGAUUUACUCCGAAGCUUUUAAAAGAAUGGGGAUUCCAAAGUCAUGCCUCAGACCUGUGAAGACUCCCUUGGAUAGCUUUGUCGAAGAAAAGGUGAUCUCCGAAGGAGCCAUCUCCCUCCCCGUGACCGCGGGAAAAGGACAACAUCAAGCCACCCUCAUGGUGGACUUCCUCGUUGUCAAUGUGCCAUCAGUGCACAAUGUCAUUCUGGGCAGACCUUCUCUCAAUGCAAUGAGGGCAGUCGUCUCCACCUAUCAUCUGAUGAUGAAGUUUUCUACCGAGGGCAGAACAGAUCCAGAGGACCUGCACAGGACUCAUCUGUGGAAGACCUGGAGAAAGUACCGCUCGAUGAAGCAGAUCCGAAGGAGACCGUUCAAUGCCGAGCAGUACGAAGCCAUAGCCGACGAAGUCUCCAUCCUGCUUGACGCUGGCUUCAUAGAGGAGGUACACUAUCCCGAUUGGAUCUCAAACGUGGUCCUCGUUAAGAAGGCCAACGAAAAAUGGUGGGUCUGUGUGGAUUACUCAGAUCUGAAUAAGGCCCGUCUGAAUGAUAGCUUCCCAUUGCCUUGGAUCGAUCAGCUAGUGGAUAGCACAGCAGGGCACGAACUACUCUCCUUCCUAGAUGCCUAUUCUGGGUAUAAUCAGAUCGCGAUGCAUCCCCCAGAUCGGCAGAAGACUACCUUCAUCACUGACAAGGGACUUUACUGUUACCGGGUCAUGCCAUUUGACCUGAAGAAUGCUGGGGCCACGUAUCAAAGGCCGGUGAAUCAGAUAUUCACCAAACAAAUCGGGCACAUUAUGGAAGUGUAUGUCGAUGACAGGCUUGUAAAGAGCAUCAAGGCGUCCGAUCACUUGGCAGAUCUUAGGGAAACUUUUACCAUCCUCCAAGAAUACCAGAUGAAGUUAAAUCCUGCGAAGUGCGCCUUCGGAGUUGGCUCUGGUAAAUUCCUCGGGUUUCAAGUCAGCCAGAGGGGCAUUGAAGCGAACCCCUCCUCAAUAUGA